AUGGGUAACCGAGGAGGUCGUCGAGCACAACCGUAUCCAGUUCCUCCGAUUACUACCACUUAUAGUCCUGGUCCAUUUUAUCCUCCUGGUGGUCGUCGACCAGGUUUAGCAUUAACAACAAGUUGUUGUUUUAUUGCUCAUUCAAUGUGUUAUUUUUUUCAUCAUUUUGAAUUACCUGUUAUUGAAGCUCAACUUGUUCAUGUACUUGUUGAUCAAAAUAUAAUAACACAAACACCUUUACCAAAAACAGAAAGACAUAGAGAAGUAAAUUCAUCAUCGAGCACAACUUAA